AUGAAGCUGAUGCACCCCUUCAUCCUGGGUGGUGUUGCCACGCUCUUCGCAUUCUCCAAGAUCCAGGACACCAUGUGCGAGGCUGAGAUUUACGCCAACAACCCCGAGAACCCCAAGUACGCUCAGAUCCAGGCGAGAAAGCACAAGGCCGAGGGCCACUAA